CCGGUCCGGUCCGCCGCGCGGGGCCCGAACGCCCGUCCGCUUCCCAGCCCUGGACGUGCUCCCGUUCUCCCCUGCGGCGGGCGGGACGGGACGGGGGCGGGGGGCGGCGCGGGCAGCGGGUUGGGGGGCGGCGGCCGGGACUCGGGCCACGGUGGCGGGUCACUGGGUAUCCCCGGGAGGGUGGGGGGCAGCAGGGCUCUGCCAGGCCUUCCGGUGGGAGCUGUUUGUUGUGCGGCCGUUGCCUGACAACGGCGCCGUGUUCCUUAAAGGGGCCGAGUCCCGAGUGUCGCCUCCCCGGCGGGCCCGCGGCCGCCGGCUCCUCACACCUGGCCCGAGGGGGUCGGUGCUUCCGGGGCCGGCGGAGAAAUGCUGCCCUUGAGGGAGGGUGGGAGGCCCGGCCGGAGCUCAGGGAGAGGCGCUUCCCCGGGCUGUCACGCUUGGAGAAAUGGACUCGAUCUCCUGGACCUGAAAGUUUUCCGACAUUAACGCGGGUUUGGAAAUUAUGGCGGAUGAUUUAGACAAAUUUAUUGAAGAUCAGAAGGCCAAGUUGGCACAAGAUAAGGCAGAACUUGAAAAUGAUCCACCUUACAUGGAAAUAAAGAAAAAGGAAUCAGAGAAGCUUUCUGAGACUAGCAAAAUGUUAAUCUCCAUGUCUAAAGAAAAUAUACCUCCAAAUAGUCAACAGAACUAUCCUUCAGGUGACUAUGGCUUGAGUUUACCCCUUGGAGAAGAAUAUGAACGAAAAAAACAUAAACUCAAAGAGGAACUUCGACAAGAUUAUAGGCGAUAUCUUUCUCAGGGUAUUUCACAGGCAAAAAGAAAGAAAAAUUAUCUGACUACUGGUGAAGUAGAUCCAUAUACUCAGGGAUUAUCUCUUCCUAUUGAUGAGCGAAGGUCUGCCAAGGAGAAACUACGGCUUGAAAGAAACAAGGAGUACAAUCAAUACCUCAGGGAUAAAGAAGAAUGGAACGAAAGGCUGAGGAAAUUAGGGAAGAAAAACACAGAGAAUAGGAUGGACAGGAAUAAAAACCCUAUUGCUGUUGCCAGGCCCCAGCCAGAACUACAAACAGAAGUACAGCCCUGUAAUACAGGUGCAGAACCUCCCAAGAAGGAUGCCUUUACUUCUACAGAAGGUUAUGAAGAGCUGCUAAAUAAGAGAUGGCUGGAGGAAGACAGGUAUCAUAGGUUAGGUGAUGAGGUUGAAUUAAGAAGUCGACUGUUCAGUAAAAGACUUGAUGAAGAUUUAGAUGUUCCCAGUCGAAGAUAUCGUGGAUUUGCUAGCCAAUCUGUCAUUCCUGUGAGGAAGCAUCACAGAUUUGAUGAGGAUCGUGAUUUUGGUAGAAGAUACUACAGAAUGGACUAUGAUCCUGAGAUAAGUGAAGAAAUGGACCCUAGAUUUAGAUGUGAAAGCACUUAUGACAGAAAAACUCCCCGGGUUUUUUAUGCUGAAAGGCCCUAUUUGGAUGGAAUAAUAAGAGAUCUUCCUGCAGAUUAUGAAGAUGAAUUAAAGGAGAGACCACGUGUGCAGCAGAGCUCAAGAGCUGGAAAUUCUAGAAAUCAGGUACAAAUUAGUUCUUCAGCUAAUGAACAGGUCAAGUCUGCAGCUGAAACACCGUGUGCAACAGGCCUCGUUCUUGGUGAUCAGGACCGAGAACUUCUCCAGAGGAAGAAAGAGAAAUACAGGCAAGAACUAAUAGAACAGAUGGCUGAGCAACAGCGAAAUAAGAGACGUGAGAAGGAACUUGAGCUCUCAGUUGCUGCUUCUGGAGCUCAAGACCCAGAAAAGAAGCGAAGUGAUGAGGAGCCAAAUAGAUUGAAGCAGUUUGGUGUGACAGUGGGAGCUUCUGAAGAGAAAGUACCACCUGAAAGGCCUAGGGUGGCUUUCCAAACUCCAGUGCCUGUCCCUUCGGCCUCUCCACUGAACGAAGACUUUCACAGGGGACUGUCCAGCACUCUUGGUGAAAUAGCAGCUCCCAGGGUUGUACCGAUGCCACCACCUCUACCACCAGUUUUGACAGACAACUACAGAACGCCUUACGAUGAUGCAUAUUACUUUUAUGGGGCUAGGAAUCCUUUGGAUCCCAAUCUUGCAUAUUAUGGUACAGGUAUGAUGGGAGUGCAGCCCACACCUAAUCAGGACCCUCCUUUAGAUCAGGCACCAGUAGAGCAAUCUGUAAGUAACAUUGGACAGAGGAAUACAGCAGACAGACAAAGAAGCACAGCAGUAUUUUCUGAAGAAAACAGAAAACCUUCCAAAGAAGCAACAUUAUCUUAUCAAAAAGAAUUACAACAGCAGAUAAGAGAACGAGAGGAACGACGCAGGCAAGAGAGGGAGGAGAAGGAACGUUAUGAAGCCAAGUUAGAAGCAGAAAUGAGGAAUUACAACCCCUGGGGAAAAGGAGGUGGUGGAGCUCCUCUCAGAGAUGCCAAAGGAAAUCUGAUAACGGACUUGAAUAUGAUGCACAAGCAAAAUGAAGAUGCAUUUCAUAAACCAGUGGCAAGACUAUAUGAAGAUAAAAGGGCUAUUGUGUCUGUUGACCUAAGUUUGGCCUCCCCGAGACCUGAGAACACAGAAGCAUCUACAAAUAAAAUAGCAGGUUUUACAUUUGCACAGACCUCUCCUUUUGCUCGAGGUAAUGUGUUUGGUGAACCACCAUCUCCACAGCAUCUCAAGCGACAGGAGUCAUACAAGAACUUCCUUCGUCUACAGAUUGAAGAAAAGAGACGCAGGGAAGAAGCAGAGCGAGAAAAACUUAGAAUGGAAGAAGAAAGAGAAGAAAAACGACUAGCUGAGCAGAGGAUGAGAAUUAAAAAAGCGUAUGAAGAUGAGCAAGAAGAGAGAAGAAAGAAAGAGGAGGAGCGAAGACUGAAAAAUAAAGAAAUAAUUCGAUUAGAUGAAGAGAGGCAAAAAGAGGCAGAAAAAAGAAGAAAAGAAAAAGAAGAAAAGCAAGAUGAACAACUUCGACAGUAUUUUGAGAAAGAAAAGAUGGAAGAGGAAAAGAUGUUUUCAAGGCAGCCGUCUCCCAUCGUUCCUGCUCUUCAGAACAAAUCAAUAAGAAAAGAAGAAAGGAAUCCCUCUGCUGAGAGCCAUAUAUCUUAUUAUGCACAGGAUCCUCCACGACCGAGGGUUCCCUCUCCUCCGGUCCCUGCUAGAAGAAAUCAGUUGCGUGCAUUCGAGGAAAGAAAGAAUGUGAUAAAUGAAUUAUCAGAGAUGAGAAAACAGCUUCGUAGUGAAGAGAAGCGACUGCAAGAACAGUUGCUAAAUGUGGCCAGUGAUGAUGAUAUACCCAUUACCCGAGUGAGGAGAGAGAAAAAUCCAAAGGACAUAUUUGAGAUGGCCAGGCUUCGCAUGCAGGCUCCAGUAAGGCGACCCUCAUCAAAGGAGGCACAAGAUCCCGUCAAUAUACAGAAUAUUUGGGACUUUAAUGAACUUAAAUACAAAGAUUCUGAAACGCGUAUGGGCGUGAGGCACAUGUAUCCUGAUCCUCCAAAAGAUGACCAGACCCUAGAGAUUCAACAGCAGGCACUGUUGAGGGAGCAGCAGAAGAAACUUGACAGAAUGAGAAUGAGGAGGGAAACAGAAGAUGAUUCUGCUUCUGGCGGUAACCCACAAACCAUGAGACUGUUCAGGAAUGCAUCUAAUGAAUUCUUGAAAAAUUCACUGUUGGAGUCGGAUAGCGCUUUUAUUGGUGCUAAUGGGGAAACGUUUCCUGCCUUAAGAGAAGUUGAUUUUUCACCACAGCUUCCACCUUCUGCAAGGGAGAGGAGACGAAUGAGGCAGAAAGCUUUGGAGUGCGCUGAGGAUGUUCCACCGGGCCAGACACCGCCGCUGCAGCCCGACAGCUUCUCUUUGCACUCCAGCUUCAGCCUGGAUGUCGAUCAGCUGAAAGGCAAGAAUGAAGAACGAUUGCACAGGCUGACUGAGCUCCAGCCGAAAUCUGCUGACUCAGGCGAUUCUCUUUCCCUGGGAGCAGCGGAUGAUCUCCUGAAGCACGUUCCACCUCACCAGGGCAGACGUCCCAGCUCCGUGGACACGGUUGCAACAGAGCCCUGGCUGCGGCCGGGAUCGGCUGAGACGCUGCGCAGGCUCAUGGCUGAUCAGCCAAGCCCAGCAAAGCUCUCACCCGAAAUCCCGCUGGGCUGGCAGGGCCUCUCCACCGCCCACGGCUGACAGGCGGCGCCGCGCAGCACUACCGCACUUUGCAGGGUCUGUCAGGGGAUCCUGCGCUUCCCUGUACAUACUGCGUGCAUUUGCAGUAGCAAUAAGGAGAUAACAGAAGCUGCAGUGUCAUGGAAAUGUAGAGCAGGGAUGUGGCCAGUGGGAGCAACACCUGCGCAUUUUUUGCACUUUUUAUACAAGUUUCAGCCUCAGAGCUGGACUUACCACAACAACGAGUGUGUGUGUGUGUGUAUUUGAUAUUAAAUCAAAAUUAAUUUUUAGCUUUGUUUAUAGUCAAACUCCAAAACUGUCUGGAAACAGAGUAACCCAACAGCAGAGGUGCAUUUUAAGCUUUUACCAAAAGAGUAAAUGACUUGGAGGAGGGCACUUGCAUUUCACACAGUGGUAAGUGCUAUCCUGCAUGGAAAGCUCAGCAGUUUCAUGGAAAAAUGACUAUUAGCAAUGUCUCUUAUGUUCCCUAACCUGUUGUGUGCUGGAAAUACAUAUAUAGUUGCAUAUAUUUAAUUUAUGGUUCUGAUUAAAGAGUUAAUAAAUUAUUUUGCUACUAAACAUGUAAAA